GUUAUGAAGCAGUUAUUCUGAAAAUGGUGUAACAGUGUGAAGCAGCUUCUGUGAAAUAACAGUUAAAAAAUAACUGCUACUGCUUUCGCAACCCAUCCUUAGUCGAAAGAGCAAGGCCUUAUUAUGAAGCCAGAUUCUACGCCAACGAAAUGUUCAAACAUUCUCAAAUCGCCGCUUGUAAGUUUGAGAAAGCUAAUAGUGCCCACAGUGCAGCUAGAGAGAUGGUUUAUUUGGCAGAGCAAGGUCUAGGUGGCAGAACUCUUGAUCCAGCUUGGCAGGAAAUGUUAAACCAUGCCACCCAAAGAGUCAACGAUGCUGAAAGAGAUAGGGGACUUGCUGAGACAGAGCACAGGAUCGCUUGUGUAAAACACGAUGCUGCAAAUGCCAAGGUACAAAGUCUACAAAAGGAAUUAAAACGAGCAAUAACAAAAAGCAGUUUAUCCAUUCGAAGGUCUCUUAUGCAAAUGAGUAACAUUUUAUCACAGCAUGAGUUGAUGUUUUUACCAUAUUACGAAAUGAAAGCCCACUACAACCAACUUCUCGAGCACCAAAAAGCCAGAGUUCACACUUUAGAAUCACAAGUAGCCAACGCCAAGCUUACGUACGCAGAUGCUUUAAAGAGCCUGGAGCAAAUCUCCGACGAGAUCCAUCAAAACAGAAAAAGAGUAUCUCUUUUGGCGGCAAAUUUCGCGAGCGGUAAGCAGCGAAGUCUGGAUUCGAAUAUUUCUUUAUUGGACGAUGCCCAAGAACUGAUCGAGGAAUUUAAAAGUCUUCCACAGAAACUCGGAGAAUUGUCUAGUCCUGUUGCUUCCAAGCUUGAGGAGGUUGAGGGUUAUCGAAAUCCUCUAUUUAGUGCAUCACCCUCUUCGCCAUUGUCUACAAGUGAAAGACUAGAACAGCCAAGUAUCGCACAAAGCCAUUCGAGCGAGUGGACCGAAAUUAACCUGGAUAGUUCUAGUCCGGAGGAUAACUCACCGAAUAAAAAAUUAGAGCGCGACUUCGGAAAACCUCUUCUGACCAGACAGAAAACUUUACCCAAUCCAAAAUCAGAUAACGAAUACUCAGCAAUCAAAAGUAAGAUGAAAUUAGACCAUAGCAUAUCAAAUUGGAUCAGCAGAUCAUCGGCUAAAAACGAAGAUAUUCCAUUGAAUGGUAGCCGACGACAAAGUCUGGAUAAUCUUCUCGGUCCGACCGGAGAAAAAGUUAAAGAAAUUUUCUCGCAAGGUAUGAUGAUGCUGAACAUUAGCUCUCUUACCGAACGAAGAAAUAGUGAACCGAAGCUCGGGUUGACCGAAGAGAGAAUGAGGAACGGAACUACAAAGAAGAUUCCUAGUCCGUUGGAAAAAACUCUUACAUAUCUUACUGUAGAGGAUGAUAUUUCUGAUACAGAUAGUGUGUCAAGUAUUGAUAUGCUAAACGAAGACCAAAUUAGUUCCUUAAUGUUGGACCCUAAUAUCGUUUGCGAACAAGUCUUGGGUACCCCGAUGGCCGAAGUAGUCUACUUACCCCAGUUUGUUUCUAGUCAGCCAAUAAAUUAAAGUAGUAUAAAAAAGGGUUAAGAAACAGUACAAUAAGCAUUACCUAAGUCAAAUUUCGCCUCGAAAUGCUACUUUCUUUAUUGACGGUAAAAGCUAUUGAAGACGUCUGUGCUUUUAUGUGACAAUAACUAGUGUUCAACGCUGUUUAAUUCAAGUGAAAUUAGGAAAGAGGUGUUUGAAAUACAGAUUGAGGUGUGUUUUAGAUGAUUUGCGAACAAUAACUGUCAUAGUAAUGCAAAAAAAACAUUAUUCAUUAUUUAGCAUCAUUAAUAUGAUAUAUAACUACUGAUUUAUAGUUAUAUAAAUCAGUAAUAAUGCAAAUUUGAGCAGUUUGAUUGAUGAAUAACUGAAUCUAGUUGGCUUUGAUAUUUUUGAGUUGGCUUUUAAACUGCAUAAAACUGAUAAGAAUCAGCUUUGCAGUGUUUGGCUGGUCAAAACCUAAGUUCUGCAACAAAUUCUAUAAAAAAAGGUUAACUUUAACGAAAGUACAAGCUGAACAUAGCCGCAAAUGUCAACAAUGAAAAAAAUUAUUGAGUUUGGCAGUGUUGGCGUGUUUUAUAAAUCAUAUUAAGUACAUUUUGAAUAUAUUAUUUUAUGAAUUGUGCAUUUUUUAAUUUAUAUAAAAUGGUAACGAGUAAAUAUUUGUCCUUUUCGAGAUUAAUUACAAACAUCUGUUGCAAUCUGGCAACUGGUGGUUUGAGGAUUGUCAAUUCAAUCCGCUAAUCUACCAAAGGGCAAUUACCAAAAAAAAUUAACUGCAAUUAAC